AACACCAAUGAGAGCCGUUCUAACUGAGUGAUUGCGAUACGGUCGUAAAUAUAAUGUUUUGGUGACGAGCUGUGACCACCAGUGUCCUCUACGCUAAGCUGCAUUUAUAUAGCGUGUACAUUCCCAUAGUUAUAAUUUCCUCUGCACUGCUAACCACCACAGUCAUGGCAGGUACUUUGGCACGUAAAGCUGUUGACCAUCUUAAAAGCAAGGAGUUCAGAGAGUAUCUCAUGAGCACACACUUCUGGGGACCUGUGGCCAACUGGGGUCUGCCCAUAGCUGCCAUCAGUGACAUGAAGAAAAGCCCUGAGAUUAUCAGUGGCAGAAUGACCUUUGCUCUGACCUGCUACUCACUCCUGUUUAUGAGGUUUGCAUACAAAGUUCAGCCAAGGAAUUGGCUCCUCUUUGCUUGCCACCUAACCAAUGAGACAGCCCAGCUCAUUCAAGGAUCGCGACUUAUCAAAUACAACAUGGAGAAGAAGUCAUCUUAGGGGUGGAAUUGCAGAAUAUUUAGUUUAAUUAGAAACCAGCAUCGUUUGGCUGUAUGUAUGGCAAUUUGAUCUUAUUGCAUACCUAUGUAAAACUCUUAAGUUGAAACUUAAUUAACAAUUUUUAAGUUAUGUUGAAGACCACCAUGUCUGUUUCUAUUGUCAGGUAUAUAAGGUCAAUGAAUAGAUUGAUUUUGCACCAUGUAUCAUGCACAACCUUAUGAAAUGGAGUCUGUAGAGGCCCUUUUAAUGAUGUCUUUUAAAGAGAUGGUCUGUGACACAUGCACUCUAGGUUACGACCUCAUUUUGGUAAAUGUAUUAGCUACCAAUAGCAAUCUUUAUCAGAAUGUACAGGCAAUACAAGUGGUACUCUGUUGUGUUGCCAUGGCAGUGUUAUUUCUGAAGAUAAUGAAUAAACCGUUAUCUAUUUCCCAUAAAUGAAACUUCCUCUUUCACUGAUCAAACUACACGCUCAUAAUAUCUAAUAAACUGUCUGAUAUCCA